UUGUACACCUCAGUCAUCGACAAACUAGCCGAAGCCCAACAGCAAAUCGCCUCCCAAAUCUCCGACUUUUCCACGCUCUCGUCCUCUAUGUCAGCCGACAUAGACGAAUUAUACGCAAAUCUGUCGUAUCCGCUUUCAACAACCCUCUGCCACUCAAAGAAUUUCCCUCGAGCCACCAUAGAGGCUCAUCUGGCAAACGUCAAAGAGGACCUCAAAAAGGCAGAAAGUGAGUUGCACGAAUUAGAGCGCGAAUGGCAAGAGAAUGUUCGGUCGGAACAACAACUCCGGCAGGAGUUGCUCAACAUGGAAGGGAUUCCCGGACAGAAUAGAGGACAUGGCCUCAAUGACGAGGAUUAUUCCAAGAAAGCUGGUUUCGAGCAAGAGAUUCAAAGAAUCGUGGCCGAGAGUAUCCAAGCACUCGAUGAAAUAGACGAG